UUUUUUUUGAUAUUUUAUUAAUUUGACAACAAUUGUGAUUCAUUUUACAUGACAUUAUCAUUUUCCUUGUCUAUGGAUUUAAUUUUUGUUCCUUUUAUUUUAGGUACUUCCAUAUAUAUAUAAUGUCUAGUGUUUAACAUUAAUGAAGAUCAUGAAAAAGAGGUGGAUGAGAUUGAAGAAGACGACUAUAAAGAAGCAUUAUAUGAAACUAGUUAGUAUUUAUGGAUGGCAAUUCAAGCAAUUCUCUACGUGAUAAAUGAUCAUAUAAACAAUGUGUUGUAGACGUAUUACACGUUCACUAACUAGGCGACCGAAAACUAGAUAUGAAUAUGACUAUAUACAUAAAAUAUUAAAGGAGGAUCCAGAAAACUUUCGACAAGUUUAUAAAAUGUACCUGGAUAUAUUUCUAAAUUAAGCAAUAUCAUUAAAGAAAAAACUUACAGGAUACUAGGUAUAUUUGUAUUGAAGAAAUGCUUGCAACAUUCCUACCUGGUCAAAAUACUCGAUAUUGCUUGAGUCGUCAAAAAUUUGGUCGAUCCCAUUUCAUUACUAGCUGAAGUUUCAACAAGAUUUUACAGACAUUAAACAAAUUUGCGGUAGAUAUGAUAGUCAAACCGAGAUUCGCCGUGCUAGAAAAAAUAAGGGAAAUUACAAGAUUUUACCCAUACUUUAAAGAUUGUAUUAGAGUUAUUGAUGGUAUCCAUAUUCUAGCAAUGGUAAUUGGACGUGAUAAAAGCAGUUAUAGAAAUCGUCAUGGAACAAUUUCUCAGAAUGUUUUGGCCGCUUGUAACUUUGAUUUGAAAUUUAUAAACGUGAUUAGUGGGUGGGAGGAAUCAGCACAUAAUUCUAAAGUGUUGAGUGAUGCUUUAACAAAGAGAAAUGGACUUGAAGUGCCAAAAGGUAAAUAUUUUUUGGGAGACUAUGGAUUUUCAAAUCGACGUCAGUUUUUAACUCCUUUUCGAGGUGUCCGUUAUCAUCUUCAAGAUUUUGUUGGUCAAGAUCGUGACCCUGAAAAUAUAAAGGACUUGUUUAAUCUUCGUCAUGUUUCCUUGAGGAACGUAGUUGAGAGGAUAUUUGGUAUAUUUAAAUCAAGAUUCACAAUUUUCAAAACAGCUCCUCCAUUUCUAUAUCGUACAUUCGUACACAAGCAGAACUCGUAUUAGCUUGCGCAGGAUUACACAAUUUUCUCCGCAAAGAAUGUCGUUCCGAUGAAUUUCCAAUUGAGCCUGAUAACGAAGAUUCAUCAUCUUUUUCGAUUAAUGAGGGGGAAGACUUUAAACCAUUUUUUUAGAGUCAAGAGCAAGAAAGAGAAAAUGUUAAUGCAUGGAAGGCUUCUCUAGUAGCGGACAUGUGGAAUGAUGUUGAAAAUGUUUAAUUUUUUUUAUUUUUAUUUUUUGUUGAUCAUUACUAAAAUA